CAGCCUUCAGCCACUAACUCCAUACAGGGUAAGUUUUGGAGGUGCGAAGCAAAUUGCUUGUUGAUGCAAGGCGCGAUGCCUUUUCAGCCUUAAAACCCAAAUGCCCUGCCUAUGCUGCCCAAAGAGCAUCUUUGUUAUAAAGCAUCCUUUCCCCCCCGCUUUCGUUCCACCUGGGAUUUUGCCACACACACACCGCACUCGCCUUCCUGUUGGCUGUUGUUAGUCAUACUGCCAUCUGCUGUGCUGAGAUCACGGACCUAAUAUACUAUAAUCUCAUCCCUCCCAGAAGACGAAACACAAAUCCUCACCUCUUCCUGCGAAUUCCUUUGUCGAAUUCAAUACCUCGCCAUUGGAGAUAGCAUCAGAUAUUCCCCUCCACCUCAUUCCACCAUGUCGAACUAUUUACCGUUGUACGUUGCCAUGUCCUUCUUGAUGAUCGAUGGGGUCAUCGAGGUCGGCUUUGUAGGGUCAAUGGUUGGUUUCUUGCACGACCGGGCGGGGAGAUUCUUCACCAUCAACGCUCCCAAUGGUAGUUUCGACCUCCACGGCAAGCCCAAGGGGCUUCUGGUCAACCAAGGGCAUACAAGCAACGGCGCUGCAGGAACCGCCAUUGUGCUGGUCGGCUUUUUGGGGUUGCUCACUAUUUGGUAUGAGAAGCGACGAGCCAGAAGGACACAAGCCACCAACCACUCGGGCAUCUUCGUCUUCUGGGUCGUCAUGACCGUGCUCUCGGCCCUUCUCACCCUUUCCGCCUUGAUCUACACCUUCGUGGUCACGGCCCAGACCGACGACCAGACCAUCAACCUCACGGUUGCCGCGGCGAACCCGGAGCCAAAGAUGUACCCGCUCGACAACUGGACGCCCGAGAACUGGUUCGUCGCAGUCCUCGCCCUUCCUCUCGCGCACGCCAGCGACCGUCGCGACAUCCGCAACAACCUUCGCCUGAUGCGGGGCUGGAGAUGGAACCUCAUCCCGCUGUUCAUCCUCGGCGUCGUGGUGGCCGUACUGGCCGUGUGGGAGCUGGUCAGCGGGCGGCGAUGGAGGCAAGGCGAUUCCAAGGAGAAGCUCCGGAACUCGACGCAAAGCCAAAGCCAGAGCUAUUAAGCUCCUCGCCCACCCUCGGAGAACGAUUUGAGGUCCAGCAGGAGGAAAAGACUGAAUCUUCUUUGGUUACGGAUACCCCCUUGAUCCAGCUAGUGUGUAUUUCUCUUUUUUUUAUUUAUUUUAUCUUUGGUUAUUUCUCGGGCAUUAUUGAGCAAGCGAGCGCGUAUAUUGGGACAAAGAAAAAUCCUUGGGACUAUUAUAUUUGAAAAGGGAAUAUUUUGGCAUCACUUGAUGACCCUGAUGACACGACCUUCUUUUUUGGAUACUGGAACAUAUAUUCCUCGGCUAGAGUCCAACAUCCUAAUGCCUAUUUGGUAUUGUCUACGAUAUUAGCUGUGUGUGCAUAUGUGUCCAAUUUAGAGCCAUCCUCGCUCUGUGUUGUAUCCAGAAAAGCAUUCAAUUUCUCCCCCAAGUCGUGGAUCGAUUGGACGUCCUUGCAGCUUUGUGAUUCAUUCCACGGGACCUAGUAUGGAUGUGAGGAGAGGACAGUUAGUCGUCGAUGCUGGCUACUAUUUUCCAUCAUCAGAUUUCUGCCCCUGUCGUUGUCGCUG